UUUAAUCCCUCACUUCAAGCGCCGCGUGCUAGGCGAUAGGACGAAACGUGGUGAUUUUUAUUUAGUAUUAAAUAUUAAUUAUUUCAAACAAAAUGAAGGGUGAAAAGAACGUUGAUAUACAAGCUUUAAAAGAUAUCGCCAAUAAGCUGAGGAUCGACAGCAUCGUUGCUACAAAUGCAUCAAAAUCCGGUCACCCCACGUCAUGUGCGUCCAUGGCGGAGAUCAUGUCCGUGCUGUUCUUCCACACUAUGAGGUACAAGGUCUCCGCACCCAAGGACCCCUCGGCCGACAGAUUCAUACUCUCUAAGGGUCACGCAGCGCCAAUCCUAUACGCCGCCUGGGCGGAGGCCGGCCUGUUCCCUCUGGACGACCUGAAGAACCUCCGCAAAUUGACCUCCGACCUCGAGGGUCACCCCACGCCCAGGCUGAACUUCGUAGACGUCGGCACCGGCUCGCUGGGUCAGGGGCUGGCGGUCGCCGCCGGUAUGGCGUACGUCGGGAAAUACUUCGACCAGGCGCCGUACAGGGUGUACUGUCUGGUGGGUGACGGCGAGGCGGCCGAGGGCAGUGUGUGGGAGGCGCUGCACUUCGCAGGUCACUACAAGUUGGACAACCUGGUCGUGGUGUUCGACGUCAACCGCCUGGGACAGUCCGAGCCCACCUCGCUCCAGCAUCAGAUGGAUGUGUACAAGGCUCGCCUCCAAGCGUUCGGAUCUCACACGCUGGUCGUGGACGGACAUGACGUCACGGAGCUCGUGAAGGCCUUCGACGAAGCCGCCAACACCAGCGGACGACCCACUGCCAUCGUCGCCAAGACUUACAAAGGAAAAGGGUUCCCCGGGAUAGAGGAUAAGGACAACUGGCACGGGAAGGCGCUAGGAGCUGACGGAGAGAAGAUCAUUAAGCACCUCCAGUCGCUGAUGAAGUCCCAGUCCGUAUCGUUGAAGCCCCGGGCUCCGCUAGCGGCCGCGCCCCGGGUCCACCUGGAGGACCUUACGCUGUCCUCUCCGCCAGCAUACAAGCUCGGGGAGCUGGUCGCCACCCGCCUGGCUUACGGACACGGACUCAAGAAACUCGCCGACAAUAACCAGAGAGUAAUCGCCUUGGACGGGGACACCAAGAACUCCACAUUCAGUGACAAACUUCGUAACGCCUACCCCGACAGAUAUAUCGAAUGUUUCAUCGCGGAGCAGACGCUCGUGGGUGUGGCGACCGGCGCCGCGUGUCGAGACCGCGCCGUGGUGUUCGCCUCCACCUUCGCCGCCUUCUUCACUAGGACCUUCGACCAGAUCCGCAUGGGCGCCAUCAGUCAGAGCAACAUGAACCUGGUGGGGUCUCACUGUGGCGUAAGCAUCGGAGAGGACGGACCCUCGCAGAUGGGGCUCGAGGACCUGGCCAUGUUCCGCGCCGUUCCCACCGCCACUGUCUUCUAUCCCUCUGACGCGGUGAGCACGGAGCGCGCGGUGGAGCUGGCGGCCGGCACGCGCGGCAUCUGUUACAUCCGCACCUCGAGACCGAACACGCCGGUUCUGUACGAAAACGACGCCGUCUUCAAGGUGGGCGAGGCCCGCGUGGUGGUGCAGUCUGCCGCGGACCAGGCGCUCGUCAUCGGAGCAGGCGUCACCUUACACGAGGCGAUGGCGGCCGCGGAGUCUCUCCGGGCGGAAGGUGUGUCGGUGCGCGUGAUGGAUCCCUUCACCAUCAAGCCGCUGGACGAGGCGGCGGUGCGCGCGCACGCGGCGGCGGUCGGCGGACGAGUGGUGGUGGUCGAGGAUCACUACCAGGCCGGUGGUCUGGGCGAGGCGGUGAUGUCGUCCCUGGCUCUGGUCCGAGGGUCGGUGGUCCGUCACCUGUGUGUCCGCGAGGUUCCUCGCUCGGGCGCUCCUCAGGAGCUGUUGGACCACUACGGCCUGUCCGCCAGACACGUGGCCGCCGCCAUCAGGGAGAUAUUGAAGGCUUAGACGCCUACUGCUGGAGGGGGGAGGGUCGCUAUGACCUGGGGGGGGGUGUUAUAAACAGAACAAGGUAGCGCUAAGCUGUGCUCCUGUACACGUACAAAGUAUACAUACACACGCCUCUGCAUCUGUUCGAGGCUCGCGAGUCCAGUAUCUCGUUAUCUGUCUUGCAUGUUAUCAUCAUAUUUACUUGUUACUUAUGAUGACUGAUUAUUUGAAGCUAUUGUUUAAAAAAUUAUAUAAAUUAUCCUCACUACCUCGGGGUAGUCGGCGCUUACAGCGUUUCCGCUGAUAGUUUUGUCACAGACAACACAUUCCAGAUUGUGGUCUGAUAAAGUUUAAGGUCGAUUUUGUUCCUACUUGUUCUACAACUGAGGUCAAUUAAAAAGUUACUAAAAUAUUCUACUUUACAUAGCUCACUGUAAUGUUAUAUUACUGUGGUAUACACAUGGGACUACAUAUAUUGUCUUUAGUACGUGAUCGUGUCUCACAAGCCUCUUAUUUAUAUCGCGAUGCUUGUUUUUUUAAUGUUAUUACUUGAUGAAGUUUAAUUCCCGAGUGCCUUUAUAUAACAAGCGUUUGCACAAAUUUUUUAAAUAUUUUUGAAGGGUUAGUUUUAAGAAUAAUUAUAAUGUAAUUAUAAGAAAACGUAUUAAAGGUUUUGCUGGAUUUUUAUAAAAGGGACCAAACUAUAGUAUAGAGAUGUCAGCCGGAGAGCUCCAGAGGAUCGCCCGUCUUCCUUCAAUAAAUCACAAAAUAUAAUUUGGUUAAAUAUUUUAUUGGUUUAUUUGACAUUCCUAUUGCAUUUUUUUUCUUACGAUCACAGACUUUUUUAUUUUUCUUUAAUAAAGUUUAUUGAGUUUAAA